AUGGGAAGGCAACCUUGCUGUGACAAAGUUGGAUUAAAGAAGGGUCCAUGGACUGCUGAAGAAGACAAAAAACUUAUUAAUUUCAUCCUCACCAAUGGCCAAUACUGCUGGAGAGCUGUCCCUAAACUUGCAGGACUCUUGAGGUGUGGAAAGAGCUGCAGAUUGAGAUGGACAAAUUAUCUAAGGCCAGACUUGAAGAGGGGACUUCUCUCAGAACAUGAAGAGAAAACGGUUAUUGAUCUUCAUUCUCAGCUUGGGAACAGAUGGUCCAAAAUUGCUUCUCAUCUGCCUGGAAGAACUGAUAAUGAGAUCAAGAAUCACUGGAACACCCACAUCAAGAAAAAGCUGAGAAAGAUGGGGAUCGAUCCUCUCACCCACAAGCCACUGCUCACUAACACGCCAGAAAAUAAUGAACCUCCUCAACCAGAGGCGGCACAGACUGAAGUGGUGGAUCAGAACAAGGAGGUGGUGGUGGUUGACAAUGACACCCCAUUGCAGUCAACAAUUACUGAUCAUGCUAAAGAUGGAGACAAAAACAUACCCACUAGCCCAUUUGAUUCAAUGGAAGUCAAUAAUGACUUCUGCAUUGAUGAAAUUCCAGUAAUUGAACCCCAUGAAAUUCUUAUUCCUUGGGAAAAUUCAUCAUCAUCUCCAUCAUCAUCCUCUUCCUCAGCGGCCUCCUCCUCCUCUGGCGGUGGUGGGAUCUCGUCCAAUUUGCUAGAAGAUUUUGAUUUUCCCGCAACGUUCGAUUACAACGAAAUCAUGAGCAGUAUCUGGGACGAUGAUUUCAUGAGCAGUUUGGAUUUGUUUAAUAAUUGUAAUAGUAACAGCAAUUUAAUGGUGGAACCUCAGUUCCCUUUGAUGGUCUCAGAUGAAGAGUCUUGGAAGUUUUAUUUUUUGUAA